ACACAGCUCCAAAAAGGGCCGAUACGGAUACGCCUGUCUCCGAUUAAAAUAUCCGCGGAAAAAUCAUAUCCUCUCUCUUUCUCGACUUUUUUUCUCUCUCUAGAAAAUCCUCUCCGACCUCGCCAACCAAUCGAGCCCUUGUCCAGGGUUUGUUUAGGUUUUUUGGACUUUUGGGUGCCGAGAUGGUGAGUUCGGAGGAUUCAAGUGCAGCCCGGCCGCCGAAGCAAUUCGGCGUUACGAAACCUUUAUCAAUGGCGGGUCCCACCGAGGCUGAUUUGCAGAGAACCCGCGAAUUGGAGAAGUUAUUAAGUGAUGCUGGGCUUUAUGAGAGCAAAGAGGAGGCCACCAAGAGAGGGGAAGUUCUUUCUCGGAUUGGACAGAUUGUAAAAGAUUGGGUGAAGCAACUUACUCGCUUGAGGGGGUACACUGAUCAAAUGGUGGAGGAUGCUAAUGCUCUUAUUUUUACUUUUGGUUCUUAUAGGCUUGGGGUACAUGGUCCUGGAGCUGACAUCGAUACAAUAUGUGUUGGGCCGUCUUAUGUCAAUAGGGAGGAAGACUUCUUCUUUGUAUUGCACAACAUUUUGGCUGAAAUGGAAGAAGUUACAGAGCUACAACCAGUUCCGGAUGCUCAUGUCCCUGUGAUGAAAUUCAAGUUUGAUGGAAUAUCAAUUGAUCUUCUGUAUGCAAGCAUCUCACUUUUGGUGGUGCCAGAGGACUUGGACAUCUCUGAUGUUUCUAUUCUAUAUGAUGUUGAUGAGCCAACUGUCCGAAGUCUUAACGGCUGCAGGGUUGCUGAUCAAAUUCUUAAGCUUGUCCCCAAUGUUGAGCAUUUUCGCACAACACUCCGUUGUUUGAAGUUUUGGGCUAAAAGACGUGGUGUUUAUUCCAAUGUUACUGGAUUUCUUGGUGGUGUAAACUGGGCUCUCCUUGUUGCUCGAGUGUGCCAACUUUAUCCUAAUGCUGUUCCUAGUAUGCUUGUUUCUAGAUUUUUCAGGGUUUACACACAGUGGCGUUGGCCAAACCCUGUUAUGCUGUGUCCCAUUGAAGAGGAUGAACUUGGAUUUUCUGUUUGGGAUCCCCGUAAAAAUCCCCGUGACAGAACUCAUCACAUGCCGAUCAUAACUCCUGCCUAUCCAUGCAUGAACUCUAGCUACAAUGUCUCAACAAGUACUCUACGGGUCAUGAUGGAGCAGUUCCAGUAUGGUAACAAAAUCAGUGAGGAGAUAGAGCUGAAUAAAGCGCAAUGGAGUACUCUGUUUGAGCCAUACUUGUUCUUUGAAAGCUACAAAAACUAUCUGCAGGUCGACAUAGUUGCAGCUGAUGUUGAUGACUUGCGUUCUUGGAAAGGCUGGGUGGAAUCCCGGUUAAGGCAGUUGACCCUUAUGAUUGAGAGGGACACAUAUGGGAAAUUGCAGUGUCAUCCCUACCCUCAUGAGUAUGUUGAUACCUCCAAACCAUGUGCUCAUUGUGCGUUUUUUAUGGGCUUGCAAAGGAAACAGGGGGAAAUAAUUCAGGAAGGCCAGCAAUUUGAUAUCCGAGGAACGGUUGAUGAAUUUAGGCAUUCCAUAAACAUGUAUAUGUUCUGGAAACCAGGAAUGGAAAUCUAUGUUUCUCAUGUUCGUAGGAAGCAGAUCCCUUCUUAUGUUUUCCCGGAUGGUUAUAAACGUCCUCGACAUCUUAGGGUUACUUUGCAACAACAGUCUGACAAAUCAUGCUGUGAAGAUGGUGGUGCUUCGCAGACUGGGUCUGGUGUGAGAUGCCUUAAGAGGAAAAAAUGUCCCAAUGAGGAUGUGAAAGAUUGCACAACAGAUAAGCGGCAUUCUAUUAGUCCUCAGAGGCGGGAUUCAGUUUCUCCCGACAUCUUCAGUCACAAGUUUGGUGGCACACCUCCAGAGUGCUUGUCAUUUGCUGAAAGGAUAGAACGAUGCCCCGGUGAAGCUGAGGCGGGAUGCACUUCAAAUUCAUCAAAUUCCAGUGUCAUCACCUCACUUUCAAGUGAAGUUAGUCCAUGUGAAGAUAUUGGAAAUGAAUCAAUGGCGGGCAGCAGCGAGGGGAACUAUGGAAACGGUGAUGGGAGUGUUGAAGGAAGUAAUAACCCAGGAUCUUCUCAAAGUGACUCUGGAGAUGCUGAUUCCGAGUGUCUUUUGGACAACACUUGUGCAGACGGCAGUGGAGUAUUUCGAGAUGGAUUGCCGUCCGAGUUGGAGCCAAACUCCGUGGUUGGAAUGUUACUACAACCUGUGGGACGAGUUGAUUCAGAAGCCGUGCAGACUUCGGUGUUAAGGCACGUGUCCUGGAAUUUUCACGUUCUGCAUUUUUAAGCGGUGUUUUGUUUCAAAAAUUUUUUUACAAUGUUUUUUCUUUAUACUGCUCUUUUGGUUGUUUUCUGGUUAUUUUAGUAGCAGCAGGUUAGGUUUAACAUCAACAGCGUGAGAUGUCAGAUUUUGUAUGAAAAGAAAGUUCUUUCUGUUCAUGAUGUGGCCUAUAAGACAGAAAGCCAGCAGUUUGGGGCAAGUGUUUUGUUAGUUGCUGGCUUGCAUAUCUUGCGUAUUUUUUCAGGAAUGCUUGUUAGUAUAUCUAGCAAAAUAGAGAUCAACUGGAGCACAACAAAAAGAGCUCUGCUUGAUUUAGCCUGGUCAUGUAUAUUAUGUGCAAUGUUUGCAUCAGCAAAGUAUUCCUCUUCUUGGACAAGCAGUGAGUUAGCAAGUCUUUAGCUCAGAUGUGAUGGGGUGAUUGGCGAUGGCAUGUACUUUUUCUUUCUUUCAAUUCCUCUCUGCAUGUUAUGUUCUAGGGUUUGGGAAGGGGGGUUAGGAUGCUUAGGCAAAGUGGAUUAUUGUGCUCUAAGUUAUGGAGGGGCUUGAGAUGAUGGCCAAAGAUUGUUUUGAGUGUGCCUUGUCUCAGCUAUCUUUUUGUACCUUUGCCUACCAUGUAAUAUUAGAAAAGUUUUAAAGCUAAUA